ACAUACAUGCAUAUAUACGGCACGAGCCGCGAGCGAAGCGAGCGUAGCAAUUCCGAGGUAUUCAGCCCGUACGUUGAUCAACGGUAGAACCGUGACUGUCUCAGAAAGCCGAAAGGAAAGACUUGUGUAUUGUCCUUUGCGCGCGAUAACCUAUCGAGGCGACGUGUCGGCGACAACGCGAUCGCGGGAUUCGACGAGAGGACCAGGGGACCUCGGAAUCAAAUUGACUCAAGUUGACGUCCGUGGCGCGUGGCUCCUGGCCCCGUCCUGUAAACAUGGUGCUUGGACUCGUCGGGAUAAUUGUUUUUUCCCACGAGAGAUCGACUAGACGCCGCGAGGGCGCGGAUAUUGCGGAUUAACGCGCGCGCGAUCGCGCAGCCGCCCAUCGACGAGACGACCGGCGUGUUAUCAUGUGAUUCCCACCGGAAUGCAAGAAGUACGAGCGCUUCUCCGUUACACGGGAAUUGUAUGAUUUCAUGAUAAACUCGGGGCAUCUUGGUACUUUACCAAUAUGGAACAAUCAGACGCGUCGCAGAUGCAGAUUUUGAUAGUCGAGGAGACGACCCCAACGGAUGUCGACGCGCAAGCAGACCCGAUCGCUAAACAAGAUGUAGAAGCUGCCACUGUUACGGAAGAUAGCCAGGAUUUUUCAAAGCCGUGCAAGCUACCGCCAGAAUCUGUAUUAACAGUAGACAAUACCAAUGUUCAUGUAGUAGUUGCGUCAGAUGAUUACGUGAAUGCAGGCCGCAGCGAGGUGUCCCCUGAAGAGAUUGACGACAGUGCAAAUAACCAAGCGGAAUCUGAAUCGAGUGAGCCCAAAGUGAAAGUUGACAAAUUAAAACAGGAGGAGGAGAUUAAGAUUUGCGAUGUAAAAGAAGAUUCGAAUCACGAAUCGCAAUACUUAUCCAACGAGGAAGACCAAAGCCUAAAUGUGAUAACCGAAUCUAAAGUAAUAAAAGAAGAUAAAGAGGCAACAGAUAGUCUAGAAAGCAGCUGUAAUAUAAUAGAAGACGCGAGUAAAUCCGAUAUCAUAGAUAAGCAGAGUUUAGCGCUAGAUGAGUCUAGACUUAAUGAAAAUGGGGGCCAGCAGACUCGAGACUCACACGAGUCGGUUAAAGAAAUAAUCAAGGAAACACACGAUAGUGACAGUAGCCGCAAUAGCUCAAUAGUAAAUAACACUGAAACUGAACUGACUAAAUUAGUACAAGAAGAGACCGAGGUUGUUGUAGUAGUAGAGACCAUACCAGUUGCAAAUGAUGCAACGGCGGAUAAUUUUAUUGUCACUCUGGAAGAGAAUAAUGCUAAUAAUGAAUCUAACCAGGAAAAAAUAGUUACCUUACAAGAGAAACAAGUGCAAAGUGACCAUAGUAACGAUCAAAUUGACCUAAUUGAUUAUAGUCAACAAGACGACAACACUAUAAUAGAAGUAACCGAAGUUAUUGACACUCCGCUUGCAGAACAAUAUAAACAGCAAAAUAAUACGGGCUACAUAGACAAUCACAAAUGUGAUGCGAACUCCGUAAAAAUAAUCGAUGGAAAGAUUGCGAUUGAUAAAAGUGUUAAUGAUGAAAAUGUUGAAAUAAAAGCAACUGAUGACAAAACUUUGAUCGAUUCCGAGAGAAACGAUAAAGAAAAUAUUACCAUUAUUAUAGAUGAGAAAAUCAUAAUCACGGAAGUUGAGUCAGACGAUCCAACGGGUCGGCCAGUUGAAAAUGAUCAUAAAAAUGUUAAAGAGACGAUUGAGCACGAGGACGAUGCAUCUGUUUGUAAAGCCGCGGUUGAUUCGUCGAAGAAAAAAAGAAGCGUUAUUCAAGAUAUAUUUGAUGAUUGGGGUGUUGAGAAUACGGACGAAGAUGUACAAUCAACUUUAAAAGAGCACGAUUCUGUGGAGAUCGAAUUAAAGAGCUUAUUAGAUGAGACUAAGCCAGACCAGACAGUUUCAAAUAAAUCAGUCGCAACUUCUCAAGAAAAAGUCCCCUCUAUAGAUAAAGAACGCACCGCAGAUGGGACAUGUGAUGUCAUAACCGAGAGCCCAAAAAAACAGUCGACCGAACAGAUGGAAAAUCAAAGAAAAUCUAAAGCUAUUAUUAAGGAUAUAUUGAAUAAGAGUGAAAAAAAUUCUUCUGUAGCGAGCAAAUCUUCAAGAAGCGUGGACGCGCGUACAGUUAACGCAACGUCGCACGAUAUCACAGUUCCUAAAAGCCGUUCCCGACAUUUAACCAGUCAGAUAGCUUCGCCGGCAGAAGUAACAGAAGUCUUAAAGGAGCGUCUUCGCGAAAAGCAAAAAGUUGUUGUAGACGCACCACCAGGACCAGAUAUAUUUUUUGUAAAAAAAUUAACGCAAAGAUUGUCUAGUAAAUUGUCGGGUGGCCCGGUAAAUCCAAUACCAGGACUUAUACCAUUGCCACAGCAAGCCACCUCGCCAGCAUCUCCCUCUUCCACAACUGCACAACUGGUGGCAGAUAACUGUGAUAGAAAAACAGCAGCGGGGAACGCGACAACGGAAGCGGGCAAGGAUGGCAGUUCUGACAACAAGGAGUUAUUGGCUAUCUUAGAGGGUGAUGUUGAUCCCGACUGGUCUAUCUUAAAGCCACCUUUUCGCACAGAAGAAAAUAAAACACCAUCAAGCUUGGAACACUCCGAGCAAAGCGUUCCACCAAAGCUCGAUCCUUCGGUCGAACGAGAAUUGGCACUAAAACAACUCCUUGAAUUACCUAUAAUGCCGUCCAAGAAGAGUCAACCACGAAAAAAGAAAACGUUCCGAGCAGCGCCCAGCAAGAUUCCUAAAGAUGUGAACAUUGUCGCGGAGAGUCCGCUUGCUACGCAGGAGCGAAAGGAAGUUAAUGUAGAGCUAGUGAGUGAGAACGCACAACCAAAUACAAAACCUAUCGAAAUUAUCGAUCUGCAUUCCUCAUCACGCGAACAAAAAGGCGGCCAAAAAAAUCAGGAGAUGAGCAUACGACUAGAAGAGUCAAGAUCAGGUAGAAAGCGCAAACCUACCGAAAAAGCGAGGGAACACGAACAAAACGCGAUGAAAAGACAGAAAGUGUACAGGGGCAAGGUUUCAAUGAAUAAGAAGCAAACGGAAGAAAAGUCCGUCUCUGACGAUAACUCGAUGACUGAAAAUCAUAUUGCGACGGACGCUGAUGCUGUAAAUAACGAGAAAACCGUCACGAAGGAAGUAACAGGUAAGCAAUCUGAGAAUAAAGUAGAUCCAGUUUCGAAUAAAGUCGAAGAUUCUCCUCUGAAACGAUCGAGACCAGGUCUCGCUAAAAAGGGGCCCAUCACCAAAAGAAGAAUGGUGGUCAAAAGAUUGCUACGUCAAAAAAUGCCAACUGAUAAGAAGUCUAUUCAGUUGAAAACUAAGUUGACUCCGUCACCGAAGAAGACGCCUCCAAAAACUGUUUCGAAAUCACCAAAACGGAUAGCUGAGGGUCCAUCUGGUGAUCUGGUGAAACCUAAGAAAAAGAAUAUAAACGAAAUAGAUAGAUUGCUGCAGGAUGAAGGUGUUGUCAAUUUAUUGUACGACGUAGAGCAGCCGGAUAGGAAGCGUCUGAUUCCUAUCACAAAGUCACGAGCGAAAGUGAUGGAUUUGCAGAAGGUGCAACGUGAACUUAAAAUUAGGAAAAAAUUAGUUCGCAAUGCCGUGUUGCGAUUGCGUACGUCAACGAUCGCAGGCGUCACGAAGGUGUCGCCAAGAUCGAAGAGAACGUCGAUGCAGCUGGCCGAUGCUCACGUGGACAAAAAGACGUUAGAGCAGGUUGCGUCGACAAAAAUUUCAAAUACUGCCUCACCCACAGAAUUUAUACUUCCAGCGAAAAUUCGAAAUGCAGCUGAAGCGUCUAUCAUCGUUAGGCGGCACUCAUCCAGUUCGUUUUCGAGUGCAUCUGGAAGUCCUCGAGUUAGCGUUGAUUCGCCUGAGAAAUCUGUGGAGCCCGUCAAGAUGGAAGACGGAACUGUUCAUUCCUUAAGAUCCGCCAAAAAGAGACGAGAUUCGCAAGAUGAGAAAAUUAAUAAUGCGAAGAAAAAGAAGAAAACAGUACAAAAGUCUGAUACCGAUAUUAUCGCUACCAGUACCGUUACUACUACUACUGCUACUGCUAUUACUACUAUUGCUACUGCUACUACUACUACUACUACUACUACUACGACGACCGUCACAGCUGCUAGUAAUGCUAUCGUUAAUAAUGCAGAAGAAAAAGUUCCUGUCGCCGUUCGUUCUGGCAAGAAAUCAGAGAUCAGGAAAGUCGACAAGGUUGGAAAACAGCAAGAAAACAUUCCUGCCGUUGAAGACAAUGUUUCCAGUAAAGUUACAACCAGAUCGUCGAAUGGUGCAGUAACGGGGAAAGUAACGGCGAAGAACAAAAAGGCCAUGAAAAGCAAAGUAACUUUUGCUAGAGCGAAUCAUCCUGACAACGUUGAGGAUUCUUUAAAAGAGGAAGAUGAGUUGUCCGCCUGUCUUGCUGAGGCGGCUACCGCUCUUUCGGUCGUCAAUGCUACCGGUCGAAAUGCUGCGACCACUCGAAAGAGCAAAGGUAAAGUAAACGCGAGUACCAUGAAAACGUUAGACUUGGAUAAUAACAAAACGAAAGCGGAAACGCAGAGUCAGUUUAGUAAUAAGGAAAUAAAUGUGCGCCGACAUGGUAAUCUCGUACAACUAAUACUUACACCAUCCUCUUCGACGAAAAUAAGAAACGCUCUUACAUUACAGGUGAUGCAAGAAUUCAAAGAGGCUCUGUCGAUAUUAAAGAGAGACGACGAAUGUAGGGUAGUAUUGUUAACAUCGACCGGUACAAGUUUUUGUGAAGGUCUCGAUGUUUCAACAUUACUGCAUGCAAAUAAAGAAGAACGACGAUCUGUUGCUCAGGAGUUGGCACACGCUGUCAAGGAUUUUAUAAAAAGUUUGGCUACUUUUAAUAAACCUAUAGUGGCUGGCGUGCAAGGUGCUGCAAUUGGACUUGGGGUUACUAUGUUGCCUCUUUUUGACCUUGUAAUUGCUAGCGAUAAGGCUACCUUCUGUACGCCUUGUGGAAAAUUAGGACAAAUUGCUGAAGGAGCUGCAAUCUUUACGCUUUCACAUAUACUAGGCAGUGCAAUUACAAGCGAACUUCUUUUGGGUGGAAGGACUCUAACAGCGAGCGAAGCAUUAAGAGCCGGUCUCGUUACUCGAGUUCUGUGGCCUGAUCGGUUUCAAGUAGAAUUAUUACCAUCGCUGCGAGCUAUGAGUGAUCAGUCAUCACAGUCCAUGGAAGCGACAAAGGCUUUGUUACGUCAUAGUUUACGGAAAAAAAUAGACGCCGCGCUUGAAUCAGAAACAUACUUAUUGGUUCAGCAUUGGUGCUCUGCGGAAUGCCAGACUGCUAUAAAAGCUUACAUUGACGGAAAAAUUCAAUAAGCAACGUACAUGUAUUACUGUUUAGAUGUGGUCCUGCAAUCUAUAUUGAAAAUCGGAAAUGACAGUUGUGAAUACUGAUACAGAUAAACAUUAUAUAUUAUAUAUGACAAAAUGAUAUGUCAUAUAAAACAUACUUUUGAUGUAACAUUCUACGUCAACACGCUAAAAGAUAUUUAGAUAUAUGAUAUAAAUAUUGAGAAUCAUUCAAAAA